UCUCCGGAAUUAAAAUGGAGCAUGGGAAGUGGGAUCCUCUGUUUAAAAUAUUGUUUCAAGUCAAUUUCCUCUGGAUCCAUACAGACACCCUGGGCGAACUGUUUUGGCUGAUAGAAGGAAUACAGAUGGGGAAGAGUAUCUUAGAACUCUCCUAUGUAGUACCUUGUGCGACCAUCUGCCUACUUUCUUCAGUGAAGGCCACAUUUUUCUACGUUCAUCAAGAAGUUUUGAUUGAUGUUGUUAAAAAACUUGAAAAUAUACAUCCAGAUGUUGAUGAUAAUAAAGUUACUGGCGAAAUAACAAUUGAAGAGGAAGAAUUAAAUGAUGUCGUACGAAGGAACGUUAAAGAAUCGACUAAGUUCCUAAAGAGUUUAAUAAAAUUGGACUUAGCUAUAUGUUUGGGGGUGGUAGUGACAUUUUGUUUGCAGCCCAUUUCAGCGAUGGGAUAUGAAUAUUGGACAACAGGGACUUAUAAAGUCACAUUUCCUUUUAAUGUCAAGUAUUUCUUCGAUCCCUACAGUAAGGCGGUGUGGCCUUUCGUCUAUUUCCAUCUAGUUUGGUCAACUUUCAUAGCAUUCUUCAACACUUUUGGCACGGACACAUUCUUCUUCGCAUUCUGCGUUUACAUGAGGAUGCACUUCCGGAUCCUGCAGCGGAUGUUCCAGGAUGCAGUGUGCGAGAGAGAGGGGAGACAGUUUGUUGAAGUUGUUAGAAGGCACCAGGAUUUGAUACACUUAGCAGACCAAGUGGAAGUCCUGUACUCCAAAUCUACCCUCUUCAACAUCGUCACCAGUUCCGUUCUCAUUUGUCUCAGCGCGUUCAACGUUACGUCGGUGGAGGACAUGGGCGUGGUGAUCUCGUUCAUGGCGUUCCUGUCCAUGAGCCUCACUCAGAUCUUCCUGCUGUGCUAUUUCGCGGACAUGCUGAUGAAGUCGAGUAUGGAAAUAAGUGACGCCAUCUACAAUAGCGAGUGGUAUCAAGCGGAUCAGCGUAUGAAGAGGAAUGUGCUGCUUGUCUUGACCAAAUCACGCAGACCAUGUAAGCUGACAGCGGCCCGAUUCGCGGAUGUCAAUUUGACAGCAUUCACUACGAUACUCAGUCGGUCGUGGUCUCUCUUCGCUCUUCUGAAGACUGUUUACAAGUGAACAAUGACUGAAAUGUGUUUCGUUUAAGUACGAGUAUGUAAAAAGAUUUUGCUCAUCCAGUUCAUCACAGUUCUAAUCUAACUUCUAACGUCACAUAGUUAUAGUUUAUUCAGAACUUGGACAAUCCAUUAUCCACCCACGCCAAUGAGUUAAGUAGAGUUAGACCAGCCGGCUUAUUAUGGAUGGCUUUAUCCAUCUUUAUCCACGUGAUAAGAUAACUGUCACUUUUUAACACCGUGGGAUAGAAAGUGACGGACACCGUUUUAUCACGCUGUCACGUAGACAAGAACGACCAUCAU